UUUUCAGCAUUUACAGUUCGUGCAUUAGGGAAGGUUUUCGAAGUAGAAAUAUAUAGCUAAAUCUACUCCUGUGCUGAAAGUAGGAGUAGCGCCAGGAUCCUGCUAACCAAGUCGACGCAGAGCUAGAGUCAUAACUCUAGACUUUACCAAUAUUCUUCGAUUGGGCUAUGACGGUUUUUUUUGGUAUAAUAAAGACUACAAAUAUAUCAAAAGGUAGACCCAAAUCCUUCUAUGACACUAUAUAUAUACCUAUCAAGUUUUGGUUGGAAACCAUCAAUUCAAACCGCCUGGACUUGAUUUCAAAGGCAUACCGAGGAUUUAACCCUUCAACACCAUGCCAACACGGUUCAUACACGAAACAGAACCCCAAAGAACGAUCAAGCUAAUCCUGGAGAGGUUUGUAAAACCUCUUGGUCUCCUCUAGAGUG